AUGUCGGAGGAUGGCGCCCGGAUUCGGGAGGCGAUGCAGAAUGGCUCCUUGCACCGCAUCGUUAUUCGGUGCCCCAUUCCAAAGUUCAUCGAGAAGUACUGCUUUAUUACAACCAAGAGAGAGUUGCUCGCUGGGUGGCCAGAUGACGCAGCUUCUAGAUCUACCGAUCUCGUCGCGAUCAACAUCAAGUCAGCAAUUGCUAUGGCCAUGAUAUCUUUGACGUCGAAAUUCGAAGUCGAUGGGGGCGAUCUGAUGGCAGUCAGCAAACCCAACGUGGGCAUUUUCUCUAGGAAGAAGUUCCAGGCGAAAAAGUUGAUCAUCGUGCCGACGGCUCUGACCAUCAAGCAGUGCGGCGAGAGCGAUCGCCCCUACUUCGAUGUGCCCAGCCCUGAUGAGAGGAUCGCGGGGCCCUUCGCCCUCUCGGACCCUGGCGCUAAAGCGCCGAGCCUUGCUUUCAAGAUCAGGCACGUGGACAGCACGGAGUCGACGAAGCCGAAUUGCGCCAUCACUAAGCACUCGGUGGCCGUAUCUGUGGGCAACGCUAAAGUGUACGAUAUCAAGAUCCCCGUAGUCACCAACGUCAGGGCUCUGAACGUUGGAGACGAGCUCACGCUUCCCAAGGUGUCCACCAUGAAGAAAGGAGCGCGCAGCAGGACAUGGAAGAAACGAUUCAGGUCGAACCACGACGAGAUUCAGGGCACCACAACGACGGUACAUGGUCCGACCAUGGGCGACAUCAAGGGCAUCCCUUUCAAGGUCAUUAUAGACAGGCCAGGCACCCCCCUGUAUGUGCAGCUGGAGGAGGACCUCGUGAUGCACUUGAAGGCGUGCUGCGAGUUCGAGAUCAAGUCGGGAACCGUCCACAGGCAGCAUCCGUCCGAGAAGGUUCCUGCUGAGCUCAAGGUCGACAUUAAGGAGUAUCCUGGGCUGGGCUUCUCUUACACCAAGAGCCAGUUCGUGCUGAAACGUACAGGCGAUGACGGCCAUGUGAGCGCGAGGUACAGGACAGCGAGCUCCGCGGCGGAGGCGAUGCAGUCGUUCGAAUCAGCUCAGGCAGGUGAGGACUCUCAGAGCAACGCUGGCACCUCCGACGGCGUUGCCGCCGACGACGAGAAAGCGGAGCUUGUCGAAGCCGAGGACGACUGA